CCACAGCACCACACCAUUGAAGAGCUCGCUUUGAAGCAAGAAGAAUGGGUGAGCCACCGGUGAAGCUCAUCAGCUCAUUCGGCAGUACGUUCAGCCACCGCGCGGAGGUGGCCCUGAGGCUGAAGCGGGUGCCGUACGAGCUCAUCGUCGAAGACCUUCACAACAAGAGCCAACUGCUGCUCACCCACAACCCCAUCCACAAGAAGGUCCCCGUGCUCCUCCACGGCGACAGACCAGCCAUCAGCGAGUCGCUCAUCAUUAUCGAGUACGUGGAUGAGGCCUUCGCCGGGCGGCCCCUCCUCCCAACUGACCCCCACGCCCGCGCCACCGCCCGGUUCUGGGCUCACUUCAUCGACGAAAAGUGCAUGAAGUCGUUGUGGGCGGCGCUGUGGCUGGAACCUAGCGAGGCACAGAGACGGUCCGUGGUUGAGGCAAAGGGGAGCCUCGCGUUGCUAGAGGAGCACCUCGGGGAGAGGAGUUUCUUCGGUGGUGACUCCAUCGGGGUCGUGGACAUAGCAGCUAGUGUACUGGCACACUGGCUUGGAAUCAUGGAGAAGAUCUCGGGAGUGACCCUGGUCACCAACGAGGAGUUCCCGGCCCUUUGCCAUUGGGCUAGACGGUAUGUUGGUGAUGAGGAUGUGAAGACAUGCUUGCCGGAGAGGGGUGAGCUCGUCGCCAUGUUCUCUGGGUGCAAGGAGAUGUUUCGAUCAAUGGCAAUGGCGAUGCCACAGUAGUGAAGUGGUCCACUUUAAUUCGCCUUUUGUGUUUUCUACCGCUUUCCCGCGAUCUUAUCCUUUUUCCUUGCAUUGUAACACGCUCCUAUGGUUUCUGCUAAACUGGGAUUAAUAAAGUGAG